CUCUGCAACCACACACCAACCUCGACCGACCCAACCCCUUUCCUUUCGACGUUGACGAUUGCCUUACCUGCUCAAUUACAACCCUCGACCGGCCAAUUGAUCAUUCUCGAGCCGCUCUUUCCCUCUUUAUCCCCCCCGACCCCGCCAUUCAAGCAAGUGGCAUUGGGUAAUUGCAUGUCUCAGCAGGCCACAUGCUGUGCCCCACUCCGAGCAUAGCCAACACUCUGAAUUGCCUCUCAAUAUGGAGCAAGAUGCACCCAAGCGACGAGACCGACUGAUGGGCAAGUUCUUCGGUGGCAAAGAUAAGGACAGAAAGUAUACGUCCGAGCAGAGUGCCAAUGACAUCUCCGCCUUCCUUGGCAACUCGGACAAGCUCCAGAUCUCGCAUCCUCCACCGCCCCCUCCUUCGCAGGGCCACCGAGAAUAUGAAAGACAACAGCCGACCCUCGCUCUCGACACCAGCCGGGCCACCAGGUAUCCAGCCGCUCUGGAUGUCGAGAACAACCGAUCGCAGCAGAGUCUGGCCUAUCGCACGCGGUCACACAGUCCUCCACGGAGGAAGAAUAAGGGUCUGGUGGUGCGGUUCGCGGAUAGCUACCCAGAGAUCAUCGGCGAGGGCGGUGAUGAGUGUCAGACGGUAGUGGCAGAGAUUGGCAAGCGAAAGAGAUCCAAGUCAGCGCCCACUUCGGCGCCGAUUCCCCCUACUAAACAGGGGCAUGAGUAUGCGAGACAGGUUGGGGCCUUCCAGGAGGUGAAGCCCAGCCGCGAUGAGGGUUUCGUGCCAGGUCCGAUACGGAGGACGCAAACCGGCUUUUCGACCGUAUCCGAUCUCAGAGACGAGUCUGCCUCGGCUCCGGCUCCGGCUCCGCCCAUGCCAACACCACCGCAACCCCGAACUGUUCCUGCGGGCGAGACGAGUCGAUCCCGUUUCCUCGAUUCGUCCAACCGCAAGGAUGAAAACCGCCGCUCCUUCAUCGAGCUCCAUCAGCAGGAGCAGAGGCAGGCCGAAGGGAUAGCAUUCGCGCAAGCAAUGAGGUCCACAGGUGAAAACUCGCAACAUGAAUGGGAUGACCAGGGCCAGGCUUCCUCUCCUGAAACCCAACGAGAUUCCCCAGCCCAGACACAUCGCAAGGAAAUACCAGCUGCCAUGGAUGAAUAUUCCUCAGGUGCGUCCAGAUCACAGUCCACAAAAGUGCCCGCUUCGCGAGGUCCAGGGCACGAACCGCCCACACGAUCCCAAUCGACUCGCGCGCAAAUGUCGCCGCCGAUGCCGGAUGAUUACACGCGAACACAACCGCCUCUCGCACCUCCAAGAAACCCAGCUCGCAGGUCUCCAUUCUCGCCUGUUCCCCCGUAUGAUCACAAUGCGUCCUCGCGGGGGCCGUCGCCGGUACCACCUCCAUACCCCCAGGAGGCGCCACCAGUCUUCAGAAAUGAGUCACUCAGGUCACAACGCACAAUAUCACCAGAUGAACUUCGCCUGAAUACAAGCACGAGCAAUUUGGUCGACAGUCCUUCCUCGACGUACUCCCAGUCUAUGUACUCCACCCCAGAUCUUUCCCAUAAGGCAACGUUCGGCUCCCAAUCGCCGGAGAAACCCAAUCGACAAUUCCACGACAUUGUGGUCGCUGCUGGCGAGGAUGCCUACGAAGACUUCAUAGAGCGAACGAAGCAUUUAUAUGAGUUAUUUCGGUUGCAUGCAGAACAGUUCAGGGCAUUGGGAAGCUGUCAACCAAUGGAGUUGUGCCGGGCUGCGCUGUGGUGGUUCUUGAAAGGCCGGACAUCACUCGAGACUGCUAUCAGGAGUCAGGCUAAUUCUGACGAUCAAAAGAACUUGAUGACCAAAUAUCAGGCAUACACGGAUCUGACGAAGGGAUACUGGCUUACGGAGCUCGCGCUGCCCGAAAUCGCAGAUGGCAAGUAUAGUCCCGUUGAAGGCGAGCUGGGUGAAAUCAGGCAAACUCUCAAGGCGAACUUGAAGAAGCUGGCCGUCUCAAUGAAGCGAAAUGGAUUCCUUCCACCAGAAGAGCCUUUCAUGCCUCAACACAUGGACAAAGCCAUCUGGGUGCAAUACCCAGCAUUGAGCCAAGACGUAGUGUCCAUGCUCAAUGGCAACUGGGGCUCAGUGCUCGCUGCCAGCAGGCAAUCUUCGCGCACCCUUGAGGCCCUCGAGGCUCUGCCGAUUGGCGACACGCCACAGUAUUUCAGUUACGGUCGGGUGCCGGCUGAGGUUUACCUAAUGGAACAGGGCAUGGAGUCCAUGGACACGUGCUUCUCUUGCAUUUUGUCCAUUGUUCGUCCGACGCACGAAUCCAACCUGGUGUUCAUCGUGGCGAGCCAGAACGGGUCCGUCGGGUUGAAGAUUCAGUCUGACAAGAAUGUGGGGGCUAGCUGGGAUAGCGUCAGAUGGAGAUCAGACUCUAACACUCUCGAGGUCAAGAUGCCGCGGGGCUUCAUCCUUGCCAUCAAGUGCUCUCAACAGGACUUCAGGAUGCUUUGGAACAUAUUCGACUUCGGUGCCAAGGUCCAAUCAUAUUUGUACCCGCGGAAAGAAGAGGCACCCAACUUCCGCACCAAGUUACGGGGAUUCCAUUACUUCGACGCGGACCCAAAGUCGAGAACGUUCCCCAAGGAGCCGGUGGGGCAAUGCGAAGUGGCGAUUUUCGAGCGAAUCCUCAAGGAAGGUAGCCCGACGGGUCCACGCAAUUUCCACCGAGGUUUCAGGCUGGCUGUCGUGACAGGGCCGAAGACGAGAACUCUCAGUGGUGUUACUCAUUUCUACACGCCACAAAUGCCUAUACAGUUCGCGUAUCUGCGCGGGGAGCAACGGGAGCCCAUGCUACAGCUAGCAUACAAGGACACCAAGGACAACUGCCGGAUGGUUCUAUCAUUCAAUGACGACGGAGAGCGGGAAAAGCUCGUCAGUCUUUUGAAAGGGACGUACGUUCAUCACGAUGAAGAGGUCAUUGCCGAGGUUACCAUGCAAGGAUUCAACGUGACGGAGGGAUUGGGCGACACCAAGGGGGGCUUCCCAGCUCUUCAGAAGUUGCCAUGGCAGAUUGCGCGCAUCAUCAACGACAGAUACUCCGGUGAUGUCUCGCCAACGGUUCUGGCGGAGAAGCUGAGGCUGGAAAUCGACUCGUUGGAUAGCCAGGGCGCUCCUGUGGGCACCAUCACCGACAGGAUCAACAUGGCACCCGGCGAGUUCAAGGUCAGGCUUGAUACAAAGGACAUCUUGGCAUUGCAAGUCCUGCGCCACCCUCAACUGGAUAUGACGGUUUCUAUCAUGGAUAAGCCGGGACUAACAGAUGCACCACGGGAGUUCACGGCCUUGCAAAACUCGAUUGCCCGAUCAGAGACAGUUAGGACAUAUAGAUUCUCGAGCUUCAGAGACCUGCAUGCUUUCCAAGCGGCAAUCACUGGAUACAACGUGCUUUUCGACGGUGUUGCCAGCAGUCUGAAUAUCGCGCGGCGCCGCAUGGUGGUGCCUGUCUACAAGAAGUGGGAGUCUGGCACCGCGCGCAUUCAAGUUGUACAAUCGGAGAAGACGGUCCAGCUCCUGGCUUUCUUUGAGAACUGGUCGCAUGGGCAGUGCAUGGGCUUCGUGCUUAAGGGAACGGAUGUUUUCGAAAGCUCGGGCCGCGGUCACAAGUCUCAGCUGAAGAUGGUGGACUGCAAGUUCCCGCUGCCAAAGAUUCCGGAUGAGGAAGGCACUAAGACGGACGACAUGGCAUUUGUGUGUCUCGACAUGCCGGACUAUGCGGGCGAACAUGAUGACAUCACCAUUGUGUUUGAGGACGAGAAUGAGAGAGAUCGCUUAUGCUCCUGUCUGCCAGCGCCCGUGAAGGGAGCGCGGGCAACCAAGGUCGGGUCGAAGGGCUAAAAGUCUUCACUCAGAUCUCAGGGUGGGGCGUGUUUGAAUCAGACAGAAAAAAUUAGUGCUACUAUCCAAUGAAUGAUGGAACGAGGCAAAUGACAAAUUACGGAGAGCGGACCGGGCGAUGAAAAAGAGUUAAUGGUCAAUUUUCGAUUCGCUCAAGAGAAAGAACAAAGGCUUUGCAUUGUAUCAACGAGAAGAUACCCCUAGUGGUUUACAGAAGAGGAGCAGAGUUGCUGUGUGCGUAGUGCUCCAUGUCGCCUCGCUCGCUUCGAGUGGUGCGUAUCAUGGGAGUAUUGGUGUGAGCGGGUAGA